GUUAAAUUAAUUAUAACCUAACUUUUUAUUAAAAAUGUUACCAUUAUCACAUAAAGAUUCCUUACAUCGUGGAAUUGGAUCAAAAAUAAAGGAGAAAAUUCAAGGAUGGAUAAGAUUAAUUUUUGCCGAUAAAAAUUCACGAAAUCUUUUUCUAUUUUUGUUAUUGAAUUUAUCGUUUGCGUUUGUGGAACUUCUGUAUGGAGUAUGGUCAAAUAGUUUGGGUCUUAUUUCGGAUUCGUUCCAUAUGUUUUUCGAUUGUACGGGAUUAUUAGCCGGUUUAGCUGCAUCUGUUAUUACGAAAUGGCGUGCAAAUGAUAAAUUUUCAUAUGGAUAUGUACGAGCCGAAGUUAUAGCCGGUUUUGUUAAUGGAUUGUUUUUAUUAUUUAUUGCAUUUUUUAUUAUGUCCGAAGCUGUAGAAAGAGCUAUUGAACCUCCAGAGGUAAAACAUGAACGACUGUUUGUAGUAUCCGUAUUAGGAUUUUUAGUCAAUUUAGUUGGAAUAUACGCAUUCCAACAUGGUCAUGGACAUUCACACGGCGGCGGAAGCAGUCAUUCUCACGGUGGUCGUACAACAAGUACCCAUGGUAAUGGUAACAGCAUGAAUCAAUUCCAUAGUCAAUCAAACUCACAUCAUGGCCAUUCUCAUAAUGAUCACGGUAGCGGUGGACAUCAUGGUCAUUCUCACGACUCCAUGUAUGCAAAUGAUUUCGAAUUAUCAUCAGGAAACUCACAAAUCAUGAAAGGAGUCUUCCUACACAUAUUAGCUGAUACAUUAGGCAGUGUUGGUGUAAUUAUCUCGGCAGUACUAAUGCAAAUGUUUGGUUGGCUUCGUGCUGAUCCAAUUUGUUCAAUGUUUAUUGCCUUAUUGAUUGGUAUCAGUGUGUUAGCAUUAAUCAAAGACUCAAUAUUAAUAUUAAUGCAACGUCAACCACAAGCGUUAGAUCAUUUAUUACCACAAUGUUAUCAAAAGGUAACUGCCUUAGCUGGUGUUUAUUCAGUACAAGAACCACAUUUUUGGACGUUAUGUAGUGAUAUAUAUGUGGGUGGUUUAAAAUUAGAGGUAUCAAAGAAUGUCGAUCCUAAGUAUGUUGUUACUCAUACACAAUUAAUUUUCGCUGCAGCGGGUGUUAGACAAUUAUAUGUACAAUUGGAUUAUACACCAAUGUGAUCAACAAUGAACAAUGUUAAUAAUAAUUUUUAUAUGAAUAAUAAUAAUAAUGAAUGUGAUUCAUGUGUUAUAUGUUUGAGAGGUAAAUAUUCAUUGACAAGACGAUGGUUGUGCAAUCAAUUGAUUACAUAUUUAUGCAUUUAUAAAACAAAAAAAUCAUUUUAUUCCAUACAUAUGUUUGUUAUUUAAUUUAUUUAUAAAAGUACCUCUUCGUCAUUCUUAAAUAUUAGUACCCGUUAAAGGAGGAGAUACCUUUAUAUACCCGUUUUUAUACAUCUAUCUUAUCUCAUAUAUUUAAACGAGCAAUUCUUGUAUAUAUAUAUUUGGAAUCUCGGAAACGGCACCAACGAUUUUCAUAAAAUUUAGUAUGUGAGGGGUUUCGAGGGCAAAAAAUCGAUCUAGCUAUACUUGAUGAGUACAUUUUUAAAAUUUUUUCAAAAGUAAAUUUUUAAAGCACACAGUUUAAUUUAAGUAGUUUGAUCUUUUAAUUCUGAUUUAAAAUAACAUAUUUAGCAAAAAUAUAAAUUCAAAUCAAUUAAAUUGUAAUAUUAGGCUGGAAAAUACACUUUUAUAGUUCAAAAAGUUGGCCUCGAUAAAACGCAGCAAGUAAAGGUUUUAUGUUUAGAAAUUGUCGUUUUAUCUCGGAAACAGGGGGUUUCAGGGGCGCCAAAAAGAGCUAGCCACGAUUUACAAAAUAAUAAUAAUAACAACGAGCAAAGCUCGGUCAUUCAGGUUCUUUUCUUUAAACGAAAUAUUACUAAAAAUUGUUUUAUUAACUACUUGCUAUAAUUUAGGUAAUAAUAAAAAAAUCUUGAAAGUUGUAAAUUAGUGGAAUGUUUAGAAGUUGCAUUGAUUUGAAAAAUAGAAGGUAAUUUUCGUAUCAUUAUUGAUUUGGAUAUAUGGACACAAAAAUUUCGAACCAUUUGCUACAGUUUGACGAUCUAUUAAGUGCACCGGGGCGUUAUCGCAGGAUGAUAUAGGCUUUUUUUUAAACUAAUCAUUGUCCUUUUGUCAUUCACUGCCCUUUUGUGAAAAUCAUUAUGCUAAAAUAUUUCGACAUUUCCUUAUACCAUUGCAAUUAUGCCGCUUUUGUGGAGGUAUAGCGAAGAUCAUUACUUUAAAAAUUUCCAAAAAAAAAUACAUGUUUAAAUAUUGUGUAAAAAUAUUAUAAAGGAAUCUCCGACUUUAAGUGUGGCAUAGAGAUUAGAAACGUUGAGGUUAGAGAUUGUAUAAAAAAAUGUAAAAGAUAUCGAAUUUAUGAAUCAGUCUAUAAUGAAUUUUAAAGAUCAUACUAUUAAAGUAUGAACCCAUUUAACAAAUACAUGAAACUCAGUGGAGAGGGUAGCAGAAAAAAAAUUUGCGUAUCUGGGCGAGGCCUAGUUCUCGGUCGUUGCGUAUUUUGUACUGCGCCUCAGACUGUCUUGUUUUCAAUUUAUUGUCUUUUGUUUUCAAUCAAUUGAAUUUGAUUGAAACUAAUUUCAAUUGUGUAAACAUCACUUUCUCUCUCGUUCGAGAGAAAGCCAGUCUGAUGUACAGUACAAAGUACGCAACGACCGAAGACUAGACUCCCCCGAGAUAUGCGUUGUAAAUUCAAUCAUGGGCGCUUAUAGAUCGGCAUAGGAGUUUCACGUCCUUGUUAUAUGGGUUCGUGUAUACAAGAUUGGAAUAAAAGUAUUUAUUGUAAAAUAGCUCUUUUUAUAUUUUAAAAAUUUUAUUCACACUUUUUGAUUUAAAAUCAUU